GCGGUGGGCGGGGUGCGUGCGCGUGCGCUUUUUGCUCGUGGCAAGGCGACCGGGCAGCGGUGCACCGGGAUCUAUCCUUAUUGUAUUUUAUUCUGUUCUUUGCUCUCUUUCCCAACGAUCGUCCCUUGCCGUACAUCCGUAUUUUAGAACUUUACCUAUAACAAAGCAUGCUUAGGAUUUUAUUUCGUACUAUGCCAAUAUGAUAACAAAAAGUUACAUCGACGCCCGGCAAACUUAUGUUUUGUUUUGUUUUGUGUUCGAGUGUUUUAAAUAAAUAUUAAUCGUAGUAAUUUGUUGCAAAGUAUUUUAUUACUAAAUUAAAUUUUGUUUUUAACAUUAUGAAUAUCUAUAAUUUUGUGAUUCAUAUAUUUUUGUAUAGUUUUAUACACAUUUUUAUUGGAGUUGUGAGCGAUUUAAGGCCGAGUACACAAAGCAGUGAACUGUGUUUAACGCGCGCCGCUGCAUGUGAAGCAAGUGGGACAAAUGCUCGGCGAACAGUCUGCGGCAGCGAUGGCCAAACAUACCCCUCCAGAUGUCAGCUCAUGAAGGCACAGUGCGCUGGUAAACCAGUAAACGUGGCUCAUAGGGGACCUUGCAUAGCAGACGGCCAGUCAUCAUGCUUGAUUGCGCUGCGUUAUGCUCAAAGCGCCCGUACUAACCGGCGAGCCGCGUUCAUGCCGAAGUGUCGUGCUGACGGCACUUACGCGCCCGUGCAGUGCGCGGCAGCUGGUGCAGCCACGGGCUGCUGGUGUGUUACACCUGAAGGCAAAGCUCUGCCAGAUACUGCUGUCAGGAAUGGCCGGCCAGACUGCACAAGGACAGGCAAAUCACAGACGAGGCGCAGAUCAUCGGCACGCGACAAACGGAAUAAGAAAAGUUGCAGCCGAGUCGAUCGCGAUCAGUUCAACACGAUUUUGAUCAAUAUCUUUAAAGGGGAAUACAAAAGAAGUGUGGAGACCUGGGAUGCGGAACACGAGGAAAACCCUCAGCCAGAAGUCGUUGCUAACUGGAAAUUUAGUGAGUUAGACACAGACAGAAGUGAAACCUUGCAGAAAUCUGAAUAUAGAGGACUCAGAAGGCUUAUCAAAAAGGUGAUGAAGCCGAAGCGGUGUGCUCGUGCAUGGGCACCAAGCUGCGAUAGCGAUGGUAAUGGUGAAAUCACAAGAGCUGAAUGGGCAGCGUGUUUACUUGAUAACCCCGAGCUACGUGCACCGGACUUCUCUCUCCGUUUCUUCAUGUCGUUGAACGCAGACGAGGGCAGCGGACCCGAAACGGAGCCCGAUUAUAAGGAAGAGGAAAACCAACCGGACCCUAGCGCAGUGUUGCCAGGCAUAGUGAAAAAUUCGUUCGCACCCGAUGGGCCUGACGCAGACUCCCGGCGUGAAGACGAAGCAAACGACUGCCUCACUGAUCGACAGGCAGUGUUAGACGAACAGAAAGCCGGCGGUUCUGUGCUAUACGUGCCAGAGUGCACGGGCGACGGUCGAUAUGCGCGCGCGCAGUGCUACCGCUCCACUGGGUACUGUUGGUGUGUACACCAGGAUACCGGGAAACCAAUACCGGGCUCUUCAGUGAAGGACAAGCGGCCAGACUGUGACGCUGCACCGCAACACGCUAGUCCAAUGAGAGGGUGUCCGGAACAAGUGAAAAAUAAAUUUUUAAGUGAUCUCAGGACUUUCUUCAUUAACAAGAUGACCAGUUCGACAAAUGGCACUGGACCCGGAGAAAUGGUGAAAUGGGGAGCAUCGAACGAGGAACAAGCUGCUACCUGGACGUACGUGAUGUUAGAUAAGGACAAAAAUAAAGCGCUGGAAAGAAGAGAGUGGAAGGGGUUCCACCAAUUGAUUGCAAAUGUGGAACAUUUAAGGAAGUGUGGGCGAAAGCUGCCUCGAUAUUGUGACGUAAAUCACGAUACCAAAAUCAGUAUUACAGAAUGGAUGGCGUGCUUAGAGGUGACGCAGGCUUCUCAAGGACAAACGACUGAAGCAGCGAAGCCGUCUUCAAAUUCCAGAAGAAAAGGUCCAAAUCCAUUGGAAUCAAUAUUGAAAGCUGACGAUUAGGUUCCUAUGUAAGCAAACUGAAAACUUCGUGCCAGUGUUAGAUGUUAAAUGAAAUGAACGUGUGUGAAUGGAUAUUGUGUAAAUCAUUAUGAAGAUAGAAUACUAGUUGCGUAGUGUGGUUGUAAGUUAAGGUCCUUGAAUUGUUCUCAUUAUUGGCGUAAUUUAUUCGAUAACAUGUAUUCCUAGUACUGACUUAGUUAAUUUAUAUUGCUAGCGUGUGACUGUGAUGUAAUAUCACAUUAGCAAAUCGGAGCUAGGAUGUGUAACCGCGUACGAAUGACUAUAAUAAUAAAAAUGUAAAGGUGGAAUUAGACGAAAUACCCAGAGAUCAAAACGAGAGCUAAAACAUAGAAUCCUGUGCAGUUCACAACAAUUUGAACAAAUCCAUAAACAAUAAAGAGUGGGCAGUAGACAUGUUUGUUUUCACAUGGUACAAAAAUUGUGUUCAAGUUAGUCGUCAAUAUAAAUAAAAUUUGACUAAAUAAUAAUAAUCAAUCAAAAAAUUUUUAGACUGCUCGUAGCAUGUUUCACCUAAACCAAAAUUGUAGGAAUUUGGGAGGAAUUUAGUGUUUAUUCACGUGGUCUAACUUCACCUUAAUAUGUCUAUUGUAAUAUAUCCAAUAUGCAUUGCUGUGAGUGUUUUAGACUUGAUAGUAUGUAAGAUAUUAGAUUAAUAAUACGUCAUGUUGCUUAUUCUUGUCUUUGUCACACUUGUAAAAAGACCUAAAUAGCUUAUGGUCUCGAUUAUUUUAUUAGUGGUUUAAAUAAUAAACCGUCAAAAUGUAUUUCUAUUCUUUAUUGUACUUUAUGUUGUACUGUAUAAUUAGGAGGCCUUUCUCGUUUUGAAUCGCAUGUCACAAUUUCCUAAUAAAUUAAGGAAUUUUAAAGAGACAAUUCAGGAAUUCACUGUGCCUGAAUCAGGUCAGUGUAUGCUAUAUAAAAUAAAUAACUAAUCCUAAGGUGACUCCAAGAUGUAUUCAUAUUAUAACCACCAUUUGGAAUUUCAUGAAUAUAUUAUUUUUAUUUCAAAAUUAAUAAAUAUGCUAUAUGCUUUUAUUAAAAUUUAAUAAUAACUUCAUGUAUAAAUUUUCACAGUUUUGACAAAUAACAAUUUGUCAUUUGUUUACAAGGUUGUAAAAUUACCACUAAAAGAAAAAUAGUUUCACUCUGCUGAGUUUCGCACUAUCGGGGCUGAUUCUGAGGCGUAAUUUUUCUAAAUUUAUCUCUUAACCUAAUAUUUUAAUGUUGUAAUAACACUGUUUUGUGAAUCAUCAUAAUCUAAAAUUAUAAUAAUUUUGUCUUAAUCUACUCAUAUUAGAAAAUUAAUGCAUAUUGGGCCUUACAAUAAAUAUUUGAAAAAGCUGAGAUUAACUUUAAUUAACGAGCAAAUUUUAAUAUUAGAGAUAAAUUUAGAGAAUUGACGCCUCAGAAUCGACCCGAUUGUUAUUUUUAAACAGUUACAUGUUACGGAUUGAUGCAUAGAUAUAUACAUCAAUGCGUAAUCGAUGGAACAUACGUCAAAAAUACCCGGUAAUAUUUGAAUACCAAUAAUUAAUUUAUUAAUUAGUUUUCCUUAUUAUAAUUUAUUAAAUUAUAGACAUUAUAUGAUAUAAAAGAUAUACUGUAUAUAAUUUCAGAUGUAUUACCGCCCAUUUCUCAAUGUAGUCCCGCCAUUUUCUUCUCAUGUCUGUUUAGGAUCGGAGUAAUGUUUUCUUCUUUCAUUCAUCUCUAUUUGUAGUCAUCUCAGUAGUCAUUCCCCUUAGCAUUACACAUUUUACAGAAUUCUUUCAUCUCAUUACUUUCAAAUAUCCUCUUAUAUACUCAUUUUUUAACUUCUCUAUUCCUGUUACACCACACAUCCAUCUCAUCAUUCGCAUUUAAUUUGUACGAUACCAUCUUUCAUCUAUCUAACAAAACAGCAGGUUAGUUCAUACUCUUGUAAAUCUUCACUUUCAGUUGAAUUAUUAUUACCCAAUAUUUCGGGAUCAGAUCAAACAACUGAUGAAACGUAAAGACGUCAAAGGACAGAAGACUGUGACAAUGCGAUUUUUACCAAGAAGGGUCAUCCUAGUAUCUUAAGUGAUAAUAUUAUUUGAUUAGUAGGUGUGUAAUAAUACAGUCAAUGCGUGAUAUUCAUGAGAUAUACUAGCUUAGUAAAACGCAUUUAAGAAUUAAUGUUUAUAUACAUUUGUCAAAGCUCAGUUUAUAGUUUUGUCUACUAUGUAUACUAUAUAUUGAAAGUACCUAUUUAAAUUUUAGCAAGUCGAUAUCGAACUGUAAGAACUAUGUGAUAUUUUUUCAAUAUUAUUAUUGAUAAAUAAAUAAUUUAAUACAUCAAUUUCACAAAUUCAA